AUGAGUGCCUCCAAGGCGCAGUCUCAAAAGAUCUUUGAGAAGAUCAAGCUGAAGCCCGCAAACAAGGUAUGCUUCGAUUGCGGUACGAAAAACCCGACAUGGUCCUCCGUGCCAUUCGGUAUCUACCUAUGCCUUGAUUGUUCGGCACACCACCGUAACCUCGGUGUGCACAUCUCCUUCGUGCGAUCAACAAACCUCGACCAGUGGCAAUGGGAACAGCUGCGGGUGAUGAAGGUUGGUGGAAACGAGUCUGCGACCAAGUACUUCCAAUCGCACGGAGGCUCCGCUGCGCUCGCAAGCAAGGACACCAAAGUCAAAUACACGUGCAAUGCAGCUGUCAAGUAUAAGGAGGAACUCAAGAAGCGCGCUGCGCUCGAUGCGCAACAACGACGACUUCUUUUCCUCGUGGGACAAGCCCUCCAUCAAGCGUCCGAGCAACCCCCGUCGCGCACCGGCACACCACCCGUUGUCAGCCGAACCGGUUCUCCUUUCCUGAACGCCGGCGCGAAUGCAAACGGAUCCCGCUCAAAGUCCCCCCUGUCUGCUUCCGAAGAGAAGAGCGCAUCUCCCGCGCCGACUGCCAUUCGGUCAAACCCUGCUGCCCGCAAGACCACUACAACCAGUACCGCGAAGAAGGGCAGUGUCCUUGGUGCCAAGAAGGCGCCCAAGCUUGGAGCUAAGAAGGUUGCUGCUGCUGAUAUUAUCGAUUUCGAUGAGGCCGAGCGCAAGGCCAAGGAAGAAGCCGAGCGCAUUGAAAAGCUUGGCUACGACGCCGAAGCUGAGCAGGCUGAAGCCGAGGCCAAGAAGGCUGCCACUGCUGCUGCCGCUACCCCGCUCCCUGCUCCGACCCCAAUCAGCCCUGCUGGCAAGUCCCAUGAGCGAAACUCGAGCGAUGUCGAGCGGCUAGGCAUGGGUAUGGGCAGACUUGGCUUCGGUCAGGUCUCGAAGCCUGUUGCCCCUAAGAAGCCUACUUUUGGUUCUGUUGGCCCUGCCAAGUCCAACCCUGCUGAUGACGAAGAACUCGCUCAGACCAGGACCCGUUUCGGUACCCAGAAGGGUAUCUCCUCCGAUGAAUUCUUCGGACGGGACCGCUUCGAUCCGGCCGCUCAGUCGGAGGCCAAGGAGCGCCUCCGCCAAUUCGACAGCGCUACAUCCAUCUCCAGCAACAACUACUUCGGCCGGUCCGAGGAUGAGAUUCCUGCCAUUGAUGAUGGCUACGGUGAUCUCGAGGUUGCUGCCAAGGAUUUCAUCCGCCGCUUCGGUAUCACCGCUGGAGAUGAUAUCGAGAACCUGUCGCACAUUGUCGGCGAAGGCGCUACCAAGCUACAAGGUGCUAUCCGCAACUAUCUGAACAACUAA